AUGGGCAGUCGGCAGAGAGUGGUCGCCAUGCUGCUGCUGCUGGCCGCGUGCGCGGCGACACCGGCGACGGCGGAGCACAGGAUCUACAUCAACUGGCUGGCCCACAGCAACUACUCGGACUGGGCCAAGAGCCACGGGCCCUUCUCCAAGGGAGACUAUCUCGUGUUCUACACGCCGGACAAGAAGCUGGAUGUGGUGGAGGUGAACCAGCGCGGGUUCGACAUGUGCGACCCCAGAAACCCCAUCUACCGCUCCUCCGGCGGCCGUGAUAUCCCCAUCCUGCUCAGCGAGGCCAAGGUCUACUACUUCAUCUGCAGCGUCGGCAGGUACUGCCCCGACGGGAUGCGCCUCGCCAUCGAGGUCCAUGACAUGCCGCGGACGCCGGCCUCCGCACGCGACGACACGUCCGGCGCUGCAAUGGUGGAGAGCAACAUCACCUCACCGGCGCCUGGACCCCGAGCGAGCUCGGAGAGCGAGGGAGAGGGGCAGGCAGGAGGACGAAGCGACGAUGCUGUUCAUCUGUUCCGGAAAACAACAAGCACGUUGGGCUGA